AUGAACAAUGUUACAACAGAAAUAUCUCCGGCGACUAGUAUUUUUCGUCGAUAUUUGUUAGGAGAAUCAUUCAAAAGUAUUCUUAUUCGUUUAACAGUUAUUUUAUCAGCUAUUAUCGUUGUAUGGUCCGGAAUAAUGAUUGCUUUAAUUAUUCAUAUGAAAUGUCAACGAUCAAAACAAAUGAUAAAAACAUCGAUUCCACAUCAUCAUUUACAUGACAGUAGUUCAAGUCUAACUAGAAAACAAUCAAAUCGUUCUAAACGUAAUCGUCGUUUUGAUUCGUCAUCAUCAUCAUCAACAUGUUGUUUUUCGAUUUGUCAUUUUUUAUCACAACUUAGACAGCAUUGUAUUUUUUGUCCGUCACAUUUAUCAUCAUCACCGAUAGAGAAUGAAAAUUCUAAAAAUCGAUCAUCAACAAAAACAAAACGAAAACAAAGAAAAGAAUCUGUAUCAGUAAAUUCUUGUUCAAAUUCGAAUAACGUUCAAAUUGUUAUUGAAGCUAUGAACAAACAAUCAUUAAGUCGUAAUUACAAUGUAGUUAAUAUAGGAAAAAAAAUUUCAUUAUAUCGUGAAACAGAUAGUUCAAGUGGUGAUGAAUUAAAAAGUUUUUAUACGUUUGAUAAAGAUCAAAAACCUUCGAUUGAAAUCAAUUCAAAUACGUCAAAUAUAAUUCAACUAAGAGAACCAAAAGAUUAUAUUCAGCGUCAGUCUAUUUCAUUUCAAAAAAAUGAAAAUAAAAAUGAUUGUCAAACAAAAAAACAUGUACAAAAUUCUCAUAAAUUUAAUACAAAAAUUACUCUUUUAUCUAAUCCAAUUACUCGACGUUUAUCAAAUACAAAUACAAAUUCUUGCUGUCUACUAACAAAUACAAUUCCAAAACACCAUCAACAACAACAAACACAAGAACAACCACAACGUAAAUCAUUAUUAGUGAUUUCAUCAACACUAGAAUUAAAAUCUGAAAAUGAUUGGUUACGACGUCAUUCAUUAUUAGAUGAUCCAACAACAACAGAUGGAAGUUUGACAUCAAGUUCAAAACAUAUACCAUUAGUAAUGAUAACUGAUACAAGUUCAUCAAAUACAAAUAUUGUCGAACUUGAAACAUUUGAAGAUAACAAUUGUUUAGUUGGUGAUGUUGAAAGACGUUUAUCAAGAGAAUUAAGAGCAACAUAUCAACCAAGACAUUCAACAUAA